CUAAAAUACCCGGAUGUUAUUGCAGCUAGCUCUUUUAGCUUCUGCGACGCCGCUUGGUUCUGCCGCAGCGGAGACUUUCGGCCCUUUCGGCUCCCUUGGCUCAUUUAAACAGGUUUUAAUGUCGGUAACGUAAUACAGAUAGUUUAUCAUGACAGAAGUUAUUUAAAAGGCUCGUUCUUUUUAGUUCUAUUCGGCGUUUUUCCGACCGGACUGGAUCGGGUUAACAAUACGACAAGCUACUAAGGCUGAAUCAGUUCCCGUAGUGUUUUUUAUACCACAGCUAAAAUGGAAGAUAAAUCUUUUACUAAAGAAUUAGACCAAUGGAUUGAACAGCUCAACGAGUGCAAGCAGCUAACGGAAAACCAAGUCAGGACUCUGUGUGAAAAGGCAAAGGAGAUUCUGACCAAGGAGUCCAACGUUCAGGAGGUGCGAUGCCCGGUGACGGUGUGCGGAGACGUCCACGGUCAGUUCCACGACCUGAUGGAGCUCUUCAAGAUCGGAGGGAAGUCUCCCGACACCAACUACCUGUUCAUGGGGGACUACGUGGACAGAGGCUACUACUCGGUGGAGACGGUCACCCUGCUCGUCACGUUAAAGGUUCGUUUCCCGGAGCGAAUCACCAUCCUGCGAGGGAACCACGAGUCGCGGCAGAUCACGCAGGUUUACGGCUUCUACGACGAGUGCCUGAGGAAAUACGGGAACGCCAACGUGUGGAAGUACUUCACAGACCUGUUCGACUACCUGCCGCUCACCGCGCUGGUCGAUGGACAGAUCUUCUGUCUCCACGGAGGUUUGUCUCCUUCCAUAGACACUCUGGAUCACAUACGAGCUCUGGACCGCUUGCAAGAAGUCCCACACGAGGGCCCCAUGUGUGACCUGCUGUGGUCCGACCCAGAUGACCGCGGUGGGUGGGGCAUCUCCCCCCGAGGCGCCGGCUACACCUUCGGACAGGACAUCUCUGAAACCUUCAACCACGCCAACGGCCUCACGCUGGUGUCCCGCGCCCAUCAACUGGUCAUGGAGGGCUACAACUGGGGCCAUGACAAGAACGUGGUGACCAUCUUUAGUGCUCCAAACUACUGCUACCGCUGUGGAAACCAGGCAGCCAUCAUGGAACUGGACGACACUCUGAAAUACUCCUUCCUGCAGUUUGACCCCGCCCCCCGCCGUGGCGAGCCUCACGUGACCAGACGCACACCUGACUACUUCCUGUGAAUGUCCAGCCCCAUCCCUGUCAUUCAUCCACAAAGCCCCGCCCCCUUUCACACCACACCCCCUCCUCCUUUUGGAUGAAAAGAUGUUUCUGAACCAGGGAGACAAACGAUUGGCUGAAUUUAAGAUGUAAUGGAAACGAAGCGACGUCCUCUACAGUCGUGUUGUCGAUAUGCUGUCAUUAAUUAAUGCUGUGCUUCUGGGGAAAACGACACGUAAUCUACGAUCUGUUCUAGGGUUUCUUUCUGUUUCUUACAUGUCUGAAGAAAAUAACGAGAUAAUAAAACUACCGACGUGGACCAAA